CACAAAUUCUCUGAGCAACCUGUGCCAGUGCCUCACCACCCUCACAGUAAAGAAUUUCUUAUUUGCUGAAGAUCUCAGAGACAGAAAUAAUGGGCCACUUGGUCCUCAGUGUGGUUACACAUGCAAUUGUGAUAACAUUGCUGGACUCCAAAAUGUCUCUGUUUGGGGUCUGGCAAGAGCUGAAAGAUGCUGAUGCAGGCUUUAGUAUCUCUGAAAUAUCAGUCCAGGAAUCUUGUCCCAGGUUUUCCCCUGCUACUAGAAAAUGUUUUCCUGGUGUACACCAGGAUGUUACAUAGGCUCUGUAUGUCCCUUGCUCCAUUUCACACAGUGAAACUGUCUCUCUCAAGUGUGGGGAGGGGGAAUACCUUCAAGAAAAUAAGGCAGGCCAGCACAUCCCUGUGUAUCCCAGGAGGUUAUUUUAUUCAAACAUUUUCUUCCACCUUGCUUUCUCCAUGUCCCUCCCUACUUCCCAUUAUGCCUGUGAGUCACUGAGUGGGAGUGGGGUACUGGAAUUUAGUUGAGAGCUGUUUUCUAAACUCCUGAGCCUUGGCUGACCCUACAUGGCUCUAGGUGUGAUCUGGCUCUGUAACACCCUUUCUAUGACCCUUCAGAUGUGUCUAGCUUUUAUUAAAAGAAAUUGAGACAUUAAAAUGGGGGGCAAAACCAUGCCAGGAUGCUGGUGCUGACUUGCUGCUGCAGGAGCAGUGUGGUGUCUGACUCCUGCCAGCUAUGCUACCCAGAAAAGGACAUGAUGGUCACAGUGGUUUGCUAUUCAUUGACUUAUAGUCAAUCCAUCCCUUGGGACCCUCAUGUGCUUUCCUGGAUGGCACAGCCUGAUGGAGGCCACCAAAAUGGUCUGGAGGAAAGUGGGUUUGUGCAUCCAGGAGGAGAGAAGGUGAAAGGGGAGCUUAUUGCUCCGUGCAGCUACUUAACCAUAGAAUCAUAGAAUGGUUUGGGUUGAAAGGGGCCUUCAAAGGUCAUCUAGUUCCAACACUCCUGCCAAGGGCAGACACACCUUCCAGUGGACCUUGUUGCUCAGAGCCCCAUCCAGCCUGGAUAGGGGAGUGUGGACAAGAUGGAGCCAGGGUCUUGCAGGGAUGCAGUCAGAGGACAAAGGACAGCAGCACGAGCUGCAGCUUAUCUUCAGCAUGAGCACAGUCAGACACUGGAACAGGGCCCAGAGAGGCUGUGGAACCUCUGUCCAUGGAGAUACUCAGAGAUGGACUUGCUGAAGCUCCAAGAAACAUGAUUUAACCCUGAAAUAAGUCCUGCUCUGAGCAGUAGGUUGGAUCAGACUUCUCCAGAGUCUCAUUCCAGUCUGAAUUAUCCCAUGAACGUACACUUGGAGAAAGCCAUUGCCCCUCAUCCCUGCCAAGGUGGCAUCCCUGGCUUUGUUUUGGGAUAAUGAGCCAUGGUUGUCAGGGAGGUUGUCAGGGAGGCUGACAUCAGACAUCCCUUCCCUAUAGAUUAUUGUGCACAGCAGCACCAACAGUUCUGAAUCUGCAAACGAGUUGGGAGGGCACUCAGGGGAAGUCCCAGAGGUGUUUUGCGUCACUGGCCUAGGUUGCCUAGCACUGCUGGGACUGUGAAGGGACACCAGCUCCAGGGGCCUGUCUGAUCUUUCCCCCUGCGUGUGCUGUUUGAGAGCCACACACUGCUGAGGAGGGAGCAGAGGAGCAGCCAAGGUGAUGGCAGCUGAGGCAGGGAUGCUUGAGCUGCCCUUCACCCGCGACGAGCAGCUCACCCGGCGCAUGCGGCUGCGAUUCCAGAGCCUGCAGCAAAAAAACGCGAGGCCCCAGGAUGGUGAGAAGCUGCUGCGUCCCAAUGAGCACAUCUACCGAGUGGAUUUCAUCCAGCAGCACAGACUGCGCUUCCUCCGCUGGGACAUGCAGCUGGAGAGACCUGGGAAGGUCACGGUCACUGGCACCUCCCAGCACUGGACUCCUGAUCUCACCCACCUCAUGAACCGGCAGCUGCUGGAGCCGGUGGGCAUCUUCUGGAAGAAGCUAGGGGCCAAGGAGGUGGAGUGCAAUGAGGCAGAUGCCCAGGAAUUUGGGGAGCGGAUAGCGGAAUUAGCCCAGAUCCGCAAGGUGAUGUAUUUCCUCCUCACUUUCACUGGCGGCCUUGAACCAGCACAGCUGAAAGGCUCCGUUGUUUUUAAAGCCUGAUCCCCUCUUGCUCAGCUUUUCUAUGCUUCUUUCAGUUCAGUUCUUUGUUCAGUUUCUACAUCUGUCUUUUUCUUUUCUUUAUGAGAGACAGCACUGGUAAAGCAGAGAACAGCUCAGUGCUUCUGGUGCCCCUCAGCCCUGUGAAAUAUUCCCCAAACGUUCUGUCCUCUUUCUGAAUGAUGGGGAGAAGGGAACCAUGAGCUUGCUGCUGCUUUUGCCUGGAGUAUAAGACUGUGUGCUUGUGAAUUCAUCAGGGAUUCACGCAGGGUCUUGCUGGCUUGGAAAGAUGAGGUUGCCCUAAGUCCUCUCACUGUAGCAACUGCACAGCAAAAACCUGCUGGAAAAAUAAGUAAUUGCCGUACUGGAAAACAGCAGGGACCCCUGGAGAGAGCCCUGCUUUUCAGUUUCCAUUCUAGCCAUUAAAAAGGGAGGACUUGUUUGUGAUGGAGUUCCUCUCCUUGCAAGGUGCUGACUGCUUGCAGGCUUUGGUGACUAGUGCUGCUGCUGUGGCUGCUUGAAGUCUCUGAAGACCAGUCCCAUGGAGAAUCCACCUUGCUCUGAAGCUGAAGUACAUUUGGACUCACUGUAUUCUGCAGAUUGCAAACCCACUGAACUAAUGGGGAGGUUGGACCAGCCUUUUCUGACCACUGCCUCCAUUUCUUGCUCAGGGGAGGGUGGAGUGUGUUGGUCCAAGAAGGGUUGGAGCAGAUGUGUGUGUGUGCAGAGUUAAUUUGUGCUUUGUUCUGUCCUUAAAGCACCCGUGAAAAUAUUUGCUCUGCAGUAUCUACAGAGAGCCAUGAGGAUGCAGAGCACUUUGCAAACCGCAGAGCAGGAACCUGCUUCUGCUUCUGUCCCUGAAAAGCAGUGUCUCCUGCCCUCUACAACAUGGGGAAGGGUGUCUGGGUGACCAUGGAAGCGGAGGGGAGUGGUACAUUUAUAAAUAUUGGAAUGGGAGAGUGUUUUGUGCCCAGCUUGCCCCAUGACUGCGAAUAAACUACUAACUUUGGA